AUGCCCGUAGAUUUGAGCGCAGGUUCGAUUCCAUCAAUCUAUCGUAAUCUAUUUGAAUUGAUUAACUUACAUGGUAUUGAUAAGCUAACACUUGCUGUAUUUGUGCCAUUGUUUGAAUCAAAUGUAUUGACCAAAACAAUAUUAAAUCAAAUUUGGAAUUCAGUUAUAAAGACAAAUUCACUUUCUUCUCGUAAUGAUUUUUAUAAAUGCUUGGCAUUAAUGGCACUUGCUCAGCAAGGAAAAAUUGUCGAUGAAAAGUUACUUGAUAAUUAUGUAAACCGAGAAUUACCCAUCCCAACAUUAGACAAUUUAACUGAGUUAGAAGAACGUUUAAUUCGUAUACUACGUAGUGACCAAGGAAAAACAACAUUCUGUUUUCGUUACGGUGACCUAUGUUCAUUAGAUACUAUACAAGUUGAAGUUGCACCUGACAAAAAAGGUGUUAUUAUACGACAUUUUGAAUAUGAAGUUACAAGCAUGCAUUACAACAACAAAGUUUCACGUCGCUAUAAUGACUUCAUUGCUUUGCAUGAACUAUUGUCUUUGAAAUAUCCCUUUCGAAUAGUACCACAACUUCCACCAAAAAAAGCCGUUAAUGUUGAUAAAGAAUUCAUUGAAGAACGUCGGCGAUCAUUAAAACGUUAUCUUCAAAUACUGUGUCGACAUCCGGUUCUAUGUGAAACAGAAAUCAUUAAAUUUUUUCUAACUUUUCAAGGAACAUCAUGUGGUGAUAAUAUGAAAGCAACAUUUAAGAACAGUCUUGAUGAAUUCAGUUGUGAACCACCAACAUCAUCAAGUUCUAUCGAUAGAAUCGAAAGACAUGAGGAAGAUUCAACUGGCAUUAGAAUGUUUCAUAUCAGUGAAACACAUAUAUCAUUUCUUCAUCAACAAUUUUCUCAAAUUCGCACUUACCUGAAGAAUAUUAAUGAAAGAAAUUUUAAAACGGCUGAUGAAUAUUGGGCAAUAGAAAAAUCUUUACAAUUAAUAAGUACAGAUCCAACGCGUAUUGAACGAUGGGCUACUGGUCCUAACGAUUAUUGGCCAACAAUUCAAACUGGUCUUACGGAGCUACCUAUUGAAAUGAAUGCUGUGGCAGAACGUAUUAAUGAAGAAUGUAAACGAGAAGAUGAAGUUAUCAAUGAUCAUCUUGACAUGUUAAUUGAACUAUUUCAAGGAUAUAAAGAUUUAUGUAAACGAUUUGAAGAAUCCUUACAAGUUGAACAACGAGCAAUUCAAAAAGCAACACAUCAAAAUCGACGUUCAUUAACAACCAGUGAUUCAUCAACCAAAAAUGAUCUCAGUUCGAUUGAAAAACGUAAUAAUCAUGCACUUAAAUGUAUACAAAUUGAAACACAAUUAAUCUAUGCAAAUUUAGAAGCAUUUGUGUAUAUAUUGAGUAGUUUAGGAAAUAUUCAAUAUAAAGUUUCAUCUGAUCUUCUCGAUAUUUGGAAAUCAUUUUCAAAUAAAAUCUCUGAACUUGGACAAACAUAUAUCAAUAAAACAUCGUUACAAAAAGCAAAUACAUCUGGAGUCAAAAAAUAA